AACCAAUAAAACCAUUUGCAAGAAUUUACUUAUCGAGGCAGCGAUUGUACGAAAAGAACUGCGAUUUUGACGAAAAUGUAGAAUCCUCGAAGCCGAAUUGUGAACUAGGACCGUGGGGAGAAUGGAGCUCGUGCUCAGUCACAUGUGGAAAAGGUGUCCAAUAUAAACAAAGGUCCCUUUUGAGUAACAAUCCCGAAGAAUGUACUGCGGAUUUGACUAUGAGACGAGUUUGUUGGGGAAUGGAAGAAAAUUGCAGGGAAUCAUUUUCGUCCACAUUAAGAGAAGAAACAUCGGUGGACCCACUUUGCGAAUUAACCGAAUGGGGAAAUUGGUCGAGUUGUAGCGAAACGUGUGGCACUGGGACAAAAACUAGAAGCAGAAGAUACAAAAAUCGAAUUGCCGCAAAACGUUGUGCAGCCAGUCAGGAAUCUCCUCCAGUUUUGGAACAAAACAUGGCUUGCCAAGGCGACGGAAGCGACUGUCCAACAGAAUUGCCGAAUUACGAUGAUUGUCCACGAAUACCCUGGAGCUAUUGGUCGCCUUGCUUAACAUUUUGCGGGAAAGGGUUGAAAGUACGACACCGAAUUUUCGAUUCAAGUUCGAUGAACAGAAUGAAUCCAAUCAAUAGCUUGGAAAGGGAUGAAGAAGGAAGUGAGACAGAAGACGAAUGUGCUAAUAUCAAAAAAGUGGAAACCGUAGAAUGUAUCCAUGAAGAAAGACCAAUUUGUGAAACAACUUCUCAAGAACCAAGUAAGUCUAAACUUUUUACAUGUUUUUGAAUAUAAAUCGGUUGUUCUCUGGAAAAUUAUUUAGCAAAGAUGAGACCAUAGUAAAACUUGAUCUAUUAAAUAUUCAUAAAAAAAAGUACUACAAACUACAAAUUAAAUU